AUGAAUAAGACAACGCUCGAAUCAUUAUCCGAUGAAUUAUUUCUUGAUUUAUUCGAAUUAUUCAAUGCAAUUGAUCUUUUUCGUGCUCUUCAUGAUCUUAAUACUCGUUUUAAUUCUCUAUUAUUUAUCUAUUUUCGAAAUUAUCAUGUCGAUUUACGUUCAAUAUUAAAAAAGGAUUUUGAUAUUUUCUGUCAAACAUAUCUUUCAUCCAUAUUAAAUCGUACAAUUUAUCUACGAAUCUCCGACGAUGAGGACACACCAUAUCAAUGUACUCAUUUUCUAUCAGCUGGUUUCACAUUAGGUCAAUUUUAUAAUCUUCGUUCUCUAACAUUUUACCAUGCUUAUUGGUGUUCAUAUAAAUUUCUUGAUUUCUUCGAAAAGACACCUCACUUAAAAAAUUUCUCAACAUCAUUAAGUACCUAUGAAGAAGAUGAUCUUCCUCUUUUUCGUGAAUUUAUACCAUCAUCUCAGAAUCUAUCGAUUAAAAAACUUGUUAUAACUGAAGUAAGAUCACAACGUUUAAUGACUAAUCUAUUUCAAUUAUUACCUCAUGUUGCUCAUUUAAAAGUUGAAAUAUUGUCUCUCAAUAUCGAUGGACAUCAAUGGAAACAAAUGAUUAUUAAUUAUUUACCUAAACUAAACGUUUUACAAUUUAUGAUCAGUUUAGAACUUGGUCGCUCGAUUAAUAAACAAACUGAUGAAGAAAAAAUUGAUCAAUUCCUUGAAACAUAUCGUACGCCGUUUUGGAUCGAAUAUCAUCAAUGGUUUAUUCGAUGUCAUUGGAGACGUUGGAUAAAAUCUAUUUGGAUUCGCGUUUAUUCAUUACCCUAUGCAUUUGAUUGUUUCCCUAUUUUCUUUGAUGAAUUAGAUUCUAAAACAAAAUCGACUUGUUCACGUGAAAUGCAUUUUUCUGGUAUGUUAUCCUUUACCCUAAAUCUGGUACCCAGAAUGCAUCCCUGA